UUUUCACAUGUUGAUAUUUUAAAAAGAAGACUUGCGACAUUCAACAGCAUUUGAGUUUAUUCAGUUCUUUUUAGCAACCUCUUUUUAUGAACGUACGACUCGAUAAACGGAUACCAAUCAUUAGGCUAGUGGUUUGAAAACUGCACCCACAAGACACCCACAGUUUCUUUUAUUGUACAGUUUCGUUUUCACUUUUGGAGUUGUCAUCGGAAAAGAAUCAAAACAAAUGGCGGUUCUGUGUCAAAAUCGAUUAUUUCGGCUGUGCAAAUUCACGUUUAACAUAAAUAAUGCUUCUAAAUAUCGAACAAACAACGUGACUUUUGGUUAUACAGGAUUCAAAAUAAAAGAUAAGCUGCAUUCCCGGCAGUUAGCUCAAGAUUUUAUUUUUAAAUUAAAUCAUAAGGAAAGGACUAUUCUUUUCGAAGAAUUGCAACGCUUUCAAACUCAAGGUGCUGCUAUUCAAGUUGACCAAGUAAUACCAGAACCUCCAUCCACUUCUCAAUUAAAAGCUAUUGCUGCUCACAGUGCAAUGCCAUUCAUUGGAUUCGGAUUUUUGGAUAAUCUAAUAAUGAUACUUGCUGGGGAUUAUAUUGAUACUACCAUUGGUGUUACUUUUGGUAUUUCAACGAUGGCAGCUGCUGGUCUUGGCAAUACCCUGUCUGAUGUUGCAGGUAUUGGCUCUGCAUUUUAUGUGGAAAGGAUAGCUUCAAAAAUUGGUGUUGAGGCACCCUCUAUAACCCCGGCUCAGGCAAGUUCGUCUAGAACACGAUGGUGCAUAAAUCUGGGUCGUGCUCUUGGAGUAACCAUCGGAUGCUUGCUGGGUAUGUUUCCUCUUUUUUUCCGUCGAAACAAAGAAGCAGAUGAAAUAACUGAUGCUAAAUAGUUGUUAUAGCUUUAUUUGCCAUUGAAUCAAGUUGAUGAAGUUCACAGAUCUGCUUUCUAAUUGCCGUAAACUAUGGGUUGUCUUUCCUCCUUCAGAGCUACCUUCGUCUAAUUUUCAAGAAGAAUUGACACUUGUUUGACUGUUAAAUGAUAUUGCUCAUUUACCUAUUGCAUUUUUUCAAAAAAUGAUGUUACUUCUAAAAAUAGCACAUUGCAGCUUUUCUUAAGCUUGCAGCUUUUAUUGCAGCUUUUCUUAAUUAAAAUAUCAUUGAGUGUUUAUGAAAAACUUCUGUAAGUCUGUAUAUUUUUAUAGUAAAAAGUAGCUUUUUGAACAAUUUAACUAAAAUAUUGAUUUGUGGGCAUAAUAUUUAUAUGAAGAAAAAAAUUUCCUAAUAAAGCAGAAUAAUGUGAAUAACUUAUGGCAUAAAUUUAGACAGUUAUCCACUUUUAUGUCAUUAUUUAUACGUUAUUCAUAUUGUAUUGCUUUAUAUACUCUACAAAAUAUUAUAUUUAUUUUUUACUUUUAAACUUAUAUUCCUUUUCAAAUUUUUAACAAAAUUUUCAUGUUAAGAAUUCAAAUUUUACUGUUGAUUUAUAAAAUGUUUUAGUUAUGUUAAUGAAAAACCAAAUUGUAUACAAGCUGAAUUAAUCAAAAAAAUUUUAAUCUUUGUAAUAAUUUUUUUUAAAAAUUAUAUAUAAUCAAAUUAAUGUAAUUUGGCGUAGUUUUAUUAUAAAUAUUAUGCACUUAUUUUGUAACACGACUCUUUCUAUGUAAAUAUUUAAAUAUAAAACAAUUAUUUAUAGUACCUGGGUAGGUUUAUUAUCUCAAAAUAUUCAAUAAUGUAUUUCCUUAUUGUUAACUUUUUUUUUACUAGUAUGGUUUUCCUAUUUACAAAAUUUAGCUUACUGGCAUAAUUAUUAAAUAUGAAAGUUAUCUUAUUUUUUGUAUAUUGGUUAGAAUGAUAAAUGUUAUAUUGGGAAAAUUAAAUUUCCACUUGUUACUAUACUAAAGGAACUACACUACACAAAAAUUCAUCUGCUUGAAACAAAUUAUUUGAUAUUGUAUUUGUUGACAGAAAAAUUCUCUAUUAUAUACUCUUUUAAAAGCAAUCAGUCAGUUUUUUCUCAUUACUGUUUUCUAAAAGCCUGCUAUGUUGAAUGAAGUAAGAAACUCCAAAAGUGAAAUUUUUUAUUGUGUUCAUUGCUGCUUGUUGUAUUAUAGGUGCGUAACAAACCAAUAUAUCAGUCCGUCAUGCUAAAUCAGUUGAUUUUAAUUCAUUUGUUAUUUAUCCUUUUAAAUGAAACUAAAAUGUGCUUAGAGCUUUAGAGAAUCUGGGAAAAGUUUUACCACUAAUAAAAUCUUUCUUGUAGAUGAUAAAAAUGGAAUUUUGUCCACAAGCAAAUAUAAAUUAAAAGCAAAUAUAAUUCAUUUAAAAUAUUAAAAAUAGUUUUAUGCUUAGUUAUUAUAUGUAUUAGUUUUUAUCCCGUUUUAUACCUGUUUAACUCUAAAAAUAUUUGAAAAUCAUUUAACAUGAAGGAAGGAGUUUUUCCACUUUUUUUUCAAUUUGGAAAAAGAAGAAAUUCUUUUAUUUAAAGAAAAGUUCCUCAUUUUUAAAUUCCCUAAAAGGAGUUUUUUUUUGCGCUUUGUCCUACCUAUUAAAGACAAUUUAAAUUUACCUUUGCGAAAUUUAAAAAAAUCACUCAUCAUGAUUUUUAUAUACGUGAUUUAAAAUUAUACAUUGCAAUUUCCAUGCAAUUUCAAAAUCUCAUGUCAGGAUUUCGUUUUACUCAAUUUAAAAAUAACUUUACAUAAUUUUGAAAAUUUUUAUGUGCGAGUAAACAAUAUCAAUGCAUCAACUCAACUUAAGCUUUAAGAAAUAUAUAUCAAUAUUUUUUUUAAUAAAGUGUUGAUAUUGUUUUAUAGAUAUAUGCAGUUGCUGACAUUUCGGAUACUUUUUCAUUUAUUUUAAAAGUGUUAUGAUCAUAACAUUUUCGGAUUUCUAUUCUCAGUGCUAUAGUUUUUUUAUUUUUAUUUUAUUAAAAUCAUCCCUAAAGAUGCUAAAAUCUCAUUUUAUAACUAUUGCAAAUGAAUUUGUAUCAAAUAUUGUGGAGGAACUAAUUUAUGUUAAGAUUUUAUUACUUAGAUGUCCUGUGAUUUUUUAAAAUUGUUUUUGUUUAUUUAAAAAUUUUAACACCUGUAUACUUUAUGUUGAUAUUUAAAUUUCAAAUUCUAUGCUCUCAUAUGCUAAAAUUUUUAUUCUUUUACAAUUAGUGUUGCUGUCUCUUAUAAUAUUGUUUUAUUAUUAGUAUGUAAUAUUUUACAUUCUUUUAUUUUAGUUGGUUAUUGUAUAAAAGUGAAUUUUAAUGAACGAAUUUUCUUUUUGUUAUUAAGUACUCUUAAUUUUCCAUUGUGUAUUAAGCUACAUUUGUUAGGAUCGCAGUGAUAUGAUCUAAAUCUUCUGUUUGGCUUGUAAUAGUUGAACAGAAAUAUUUCUUCCAAUAUUGACAUGCAAUAAUUCUUGAAAUAAAAUAGCUAAUAAAGUAGUUUUAAAGUAA